UCCCCGAGUCCGAAUCCUAAUGCUAGAACUCUUGGCUGGGGAAGAGGCGGCGUAGAGAAGGACUGUCGGAGACAGUGGACCGAGCGAACCCGAAUUCUAGAGCAGCUGGCGCGGGAAGCGGCAGCAGCGUCGAAAGGGACCUGCUUUGAGAAGGGAUACUUGAAAGAGGAAAAUGACAGUUCGGUUGCUGAAUGGAGUUUUCAGCCAGGUGCUACUGAAACCUGCUUGUGGGUGUACCACUCCCAUUGUUCCCGUUCAGUUUCUGGGUAUUUCACCUUUCCAAGUUCCAUCUCGUGCGAACUUUCAUUCUGUAUCUUCUUCUGAUACAGAGCAUCCACGAGUACUAAUUACAGGGGGUCUUGGACAACUUGGAGUGGGACUUGCUAAACUUUUGAGAAACCGAUUUGGAAAGGACAAUGUGAUCUUGUCUGACAUUAGGAAACCUUCUGACCAUGUUUUCUACAGUGGGCCAUUUAUUUAUUCUGAUAUCUUGGAUUAUAAGAACCUUCGGGAAAUAGUGGUAAACAAUCGAAUCACAUGGCUCAUUCACUAUAGUGCCCUUCUAAGUGCUGUUGGAGAAGCGAAUGUACCACUGGCAAGAGAUGUAAAUAUUACUGGUUUGCACAACAUUCUGGACACUGCCACAGAGCACAACCUGCGACUCUUUGUGCCUAGUACUAUCGGUGCUUUUGGGCCUUCUUCCCCUCGGAACCCAACCCCUGAUCUCUGUAUUCAGAGACCUAGAACUAUCUAUGGAGUGUCCAAGGUUCAUGCAGAGCUCAUAGGAGAAUAUUAUCAUUACCGGUAUGGCUUAGACUUUCGGUGCCUGAGGUAUCCUGGAAUCAUUUCUGCUGACUCCCAGCCUGGUAGAGGAACAACUGAUUAUGCCGUUCAUAUUUUCCAUAAUGCUAUGAAAAGUGGCAAGUUUCAAUGUUACCUGAAACCAGACACUCGACUCCCCAUGAUGUACAUUGACGAUUGCCUUAGAGCUACACUGGAAAUCAUGGAAGCUCCUGCAGAUUCUCUCCCCAUGAGGACUUACAACAUCGGUGCCAUGAGUUUUACCCCUGAAGAGCUGGCACAGGAGAUUGUCAAGCAUGUACCUGAGUUCCAGGUCACAUACAAUGUAGAUACAGUUCUCCAGGCCAUAGCUGAUAGUUGGCCAAUGAAUUUUGAUGACAGCAACGCUCGUAAGGAUUGGGGAUGGAAACACUACUAUGAUCUUCCUGAACUGGUGACAACUAUGUUCAAUUUCUACACCUCUGAGUCCAGAGCUGCUCAUGUCAGUUAACCAAAAGUAAUGUUUCCUUAAGUCCCCAGGGAAUGUGAAAGAGAAAUUCUGAAAUUAGUUUAAUCAUGUUAUAAUCUUUGUAGCUUGUGCAUUAUUUGGACUGAAAGAUUGUAGCUGACUCUUAGAUUUAACAAUGGCUCACAUA